AGUUAGGUGGUUGCUAUAGCAGCGGUUAGGCGUCCGAAACAAAGCAUGAGAGACAACAUGACCGACGACAGCGCUGAUUCACUCAAUGAUGUCGUCACGCAAUUUACCUCUUACGAAGACUUUCUGGAUUCCAAAAUAACAGCUUCUGCUCUGUACUACCUAGAGGAUGAAGAGCUGGCCAGGCAGCUGGUGGAGUUAGGCCAAUGGGGCACCGUUCUCACGCGCGAGGAGUUUCAGUCCCGCAAAGUUUCUCCAUCGCUGAGGAACCAGCACCGGACACUGGCAAGUGCAGGAAAAGAACUGAAAGACAAUUUCCUGAAAGCUCUGGCAGAGAGAGAGGAGAACAAUCGCAAUGGAAUAUUGACUUCCAUUAUUUUCAUAAGGGACCGAAACGCUGGCGUGCAGGAAGUCUCGGGCUAUAUAGACUACGCCCACAGACUGCAAACCGAGGACUUUGAAGCGUACUUCAGCGGAAAGAAGAGACUGAUGCCAAGACGGUCCGACUUGAGCUUCUACAACUGGAGGACCCAAAUGUCCACAUCUCACAGCAGUCCAAACUAUGAAGUGAUCACAGACCAGCCCUCAGGCCUGGUCUUCCAGAACAAGACGGACCGCAAGGUCCUGGAGCUCAACCCAUGGGUAGGACAAAUAAUGAGGAAUCAUGAUGCUGAUCUACCGAUAGGACUUGUAAAGGAGAAGGCCAUUUCAGCUACACUGGCGGCAGCUUUUGGCAGUGCGAGUGACGUAGAGGCCCGGGCAGUGAUCUGAUGCAGAUGUUUAAUGAAACCGUUGAUGGGUUCUUAGCUUGUUCUACGUGUGUUUGUGUUUGUAGGCGGCGUCAAGUGACAACUGGUCCAGGAGUGAGGUGAAGAGUGAUCUCUAUGUCCAGGUCGUUAUUUACGACCACAAAACACGGAGCACCACUCUGACCCCUUACCCCGCACAAUAACCCUACCCUACCCUAUGACCACUGUGAUCAGCCACAUGUGAUCACAGCCGAGGUGCUUCUCUCAUUGAAAACUAAUAAAAGUCAUUUUAGUUUAA